AUGAGGUUCUUCAGGGCGGUGGACACUGUGUCAGGGCCCCCCAGCUCGGUCAGGCAGAGGCAGGCAGCCCGCCGCGCCUGCCAUGACCCCUGUCUUGACCCUGAGCAGCUCAAGAGGGCCAGGCUGCACGUGGAGAGGGCCAUCAAGGAGAAGAAGAUCUUUGUGGUGCAGGGUCCCUACCCCAUCAUCCGCAGCCUGCUGUGGGCCCGGGGCUGGGUGGAGAAGAAGCUCCCCAGGACAAGCAGGCGGCCAGAGCAGCAUCCUGGCACCCAGAAGAAGCAGCUGCAGGAGGAGGAGGAUGAUGAAGGAAGUGAUGGUGAUGAUUCUGAGCAGGGGGAGGCAGUGCCUUUCCUGGAAUCCUCAGAGCCCCUGUGCCCCCCAUGGCCACCUGAUGAGGAGGAGGAUGAGGAAGAAGGGGAAGAGCAGCGUGAUGAAGAGCCCGAUGGCAUCCACGAGCUCAUGUCCCAGCUGGUGCAGGACCAGAUGCCAUACUUUAUCUGGACCAACCACUGCGGGGCUGUCGACUACCAGCGGCUGCAGCAGGACCAGGUGGUGAACCACUACGCUGGGGUCAAAGCCUUCACCACCAAGGAGGGGCUGUGCCUCAACCUGCGAAACCUGCCCUGGUACAACCAAGCUGACCCCGACAGCUUCUUCCCCCGGUGCUACCGGCUGGGAUCAGCGGAUGAGCGGCAGGCCUUCAUCGAGGACUUUCGCCUGACGGCAGCUCGCAGCCUGCUCAAAGUGGCCCUGGAGAGGGCUGAGGAUGCGCCAGCAGGGAUGGAGCAGCCCCCUAAAUGUGAUGAGGGUCCAGCAGGGCAGCAUCCCCCCCUGGCUCCCCAGCUGGUGGAGGAGGCCCUGCAGCUUUGCAAGCAGCACCUGGGCACCCUGGGGCACCAGGACAUUGACAGGAACACCCCAUCCCCCCGCAUGACAGGCACCGACUGGGACCGCUUCCUGCGGGAAUGCUACUGUGUGCUGCGUGAGGGGGCCGUGCCAGUGCUGAGUGGGGCACAGCGGGAGCAGAGCCAGGCCCUGCUGUUGGACAUCCGACAGUGGUUCCUGGUCACCAACUGGACCCCGCUGACCGUCUGGUUUUACCGGGAGAGCUACCUGCGCUUCUGCUCCCGACCCUUCUCCCUGCGCCAGCUGGACGCCGCCCGGCACCUCUGCAACGUCUCCAUCCAGAGGCGGUUCCACUCGGCCCGGGGCCGGCACCCCCAGCUGCCCCCUGACCGGAUCUGGUCCUGCUGGCAGUUCCAGGCGUACCUGGCACAGGUGGGACAGGCGGGUGCCUGGCAGCAGGUGAUGGAGCCUGGCAUGAAGGCGGCAGUGGUGGGGGUCCUGUGCAGUGUCCAGAGCCUGGUGGGGCCCCACAAGGGCAGUUUUGAGCUCUACGGGGCUGACUUUGUCUUUGGGGAGGACUGCCAGCCCUGGCUGCUGGAGAUCAACGCGAGCCCCACCAUGGCCCCCUCCUCAGCAGUGACCAGAAGCCUCUGUGCCAGAGUCCAGCGGGACACCCUGCGCGUGGUCAUUGACCACAGAGAUGACCCUACCUGUCCCACUGGUGCCUUUGAGCUCAUCUACAAGGAGGCUGCCGUGCCCCAGCCCCGGUUCUCGGGACUGAAGCUGAUGGUGAAAGGCUUCUCCCUGACAGCCCCGUGCUUUCUCUCCAGCGUGACCCUCAAGUCAGAGAUCAAGAAGCUGAUCUACACACACGUGGGCAUCUGGCUGCUGCUGCUGGCCCAGAUGUGCGUGGGGCACUUCAAACUGCUGCCCCACGACCAAGUGGCCAUGCCUUACCAGUGGGAGUACCCCUACCUGCUCAGCAUCCUCCCCUCCCUCCUGGGCCUCCUCUCCUUCCCCCGCAACAAUAUCAGCUACCUGGUGCUCUCCAUGAUCAGCACUGGUCUCUUCUCAGUGGCUCCCCUCAUCUACGGGGCCAUGGAGAUGUUCCCCAUGGCACAGCAGCUCUACAGGCACGGCAAAGCUUACCGCUUCAUUUUUGGCUUCUCGGCCGUCUCCAUCAUGUACCUGGUGGUGGUGGUGGCUGCCCAGGUGCACGGCUGGCAGCUCUACUACAGCAAGAAGCUGCUGGACUCCUGGUUCACCAGCACGCAGGAGAAGAAGAAGAAAUGAAGUGGGAACCAGGGUGGGCUCCGGGAGGGCUGGAGCU